AUGCGCAAUACGAAGGCUCUCGAGCCGCUCGAUGUGGACGACCACGUAGAGAAGGUCUCGGUCGUCUCCAGCAGUGUGCCCACGUCAGGAUGGAGCGCUCGGGGGCAUAUUCAUGCCAAAGUGACACGGCAUGCUUCAAGUCCUGUGACUACUGAUUUGUCAGACUCAAUCGAUACUGACAACACAUGGCCUGCUCAAGAGGUUGCAAGCGUGUCGCAUCAGCCUGGCAGUGCAUGGCGCAUUCAGACACCAGCCCUCCGACGUUCGGUGCUAGGGCUAUAUGCUCCAAUGAGUCGUUCUCAACUGUCGAAGUACAUGAUUCCUGGCGCGAUUUUGGCCGUCCUGUGCGGAGGAGUCCCUAUAAGUAUGACGUACGUGCUGGGUCGUGCGUUUUCCGCGCUUGGCCAGUACGUGCCAGAGCCCGAUGCAUCGGCGUCUCUUCUAGACAAGAUGCGCAACGAUGCACUAGGCCUCCUAGGGCUUGCCAUCGCUGCACUUGUGCUUCGAAGUCUUGACACGUACGCUUGGCUGCUUCUCGGAGAGAACGGUGCACAAGCGUGGCGAGAGUGGAUGCUGAGUGCCAUUGUCGAGAAAGAGGUAAGCUGGUUUGAGCUUGGCAUGGGUCUUGAGUCUGGCACGGGAGCAGCGGGACUUAUGGCUUUGUAUGCGAGCGACACGGAUGAUGUACGGCUUGCUAUGGGUAUCCACGUAGGUGGGAUCCUUCGGCACAUUUCGACUGUGCUUGUAGCCACCGGUUUCGCAUUGUCGCGUCACUGGGCGCUGACGCUGGUGAUUUAUGCAACGUUGCCUGCUGUGAUUUUCAUCAUGGUUGUUGGUGAUAGGAUGGCUGCCCCGCUUGAAGCCGCAACUCGGUGCCGUGCGCGUGAAUUAUCGACAUUGGCAUGA